CCCCGACAAUGGCAUUCUUGGUGAAGGCGGACCCGCGGCUGGCCGGGCCCUGGCUGGGCCUGCUCAGAGCGAGGGCACUGGGCACCGGAGCAGCACCCACCCCCAAGGCGGUGCUGCCCUUCGAGGCCAUCCCCCGCUACCCGGGCAACCGGUGGCUGAGGCUGCUGCAGGUCUGGAGGGAGCAGGGCCAAGAGAACAGGCACCUGGACAUGCACCAGGCCUUCCAGCAGCUGGGGCCCAUCUUCAGGUACGACGUGGGGAGGACGCAGAUCGUGUCGGUGAUGCUGCCGGAGGACGCGGAGAAGCUGCACCAGGCCGAGAGUCUGCACCCCCAGCGGCUGCUGAUGGAGCCCUGGGUGGCCUACAGGGAGCAGCGCGGGCAGAAGCGUGGCGUGUUCCUGCUGAACGGGCCCGAGUGGCGCUUCAACCGGCUGCCCAUGAACCUCUCCGUGCUGGCUCCCGAGGCCGCGCAGAAGUUCUUCCCCAUGGUGGACGCGGUGGCCAGGGACUUCGCCGCGUCCCUGCAGAAGAAGGUGCUGCAGAAUGCCCGGGGGAGCCUCACGCUGGACGUCCAGCCCAGCAUCUUCUACUACACCAUAGAAGCUAGCAACUUCGCUCUCUUCGGGGAGCGGCUGGGCCUCUUGGACCACCACGUGAGUUCCAGAAGCCUGGACUUCAUCCGCGCCCUGGAGGUCAUGUUCCACUCCACCGGCCAGCUCAUGUUCCUGCCCCGGAGCCUGUCCCACUGGAGCAGACCGCGGGCGUGGCGGGAGCACUUCGAGGCCUGGGACUUCAUCUCCGAGUACGCCGACAGCUGCAUCGAGAAGGUGUGGCAGGAGCUGGCCCUCGGCCCGUACCAACACUACAGCGGCAUCGUGGCGGAGCUGCUGGCCCACAAGGACCUGUCGCUCGACGCCAUCAGGGCCAAUGCCCUGGAACUCACGGCCGGAAGCGUGGACACGACCUCCUUUGCCUUGAUGAUGACGCUCUUUGAGCUGGCUCGGAACCCAGACGUGCAGCAGGCCGUCCGGCAGGAGAGCCUGGCCGCCGAGGCCAGCGUCGCCGACCGUCCCCAGAGGGCCCUCACGGAGCUGCCCCUGCUGCGGGCCACCCUCAAGGAGACGCUGAGGCUCUACCCCAUCGGCAGCAUUUUGGACAGAAUCCUCAGCUCGGACGUGGUGCUUCAGAACUACCGCGUGCCUGCCGGGACCUCGGUCCAGGUGUAUCUGUACUCCAUGGGCCGGAGCCCGGCCGUCUUCCAGAGCCCGGAGCGCUUCAACCCCCAGCGCUGGCUGGGCGAGCGGCUGCCCUUCCGCCACCUGGCCUUCGGCUUUGGGGUGCGCCAGUGCCUGGGGCGGCGCCUGGCGGAGGCCGAGACGCUGCUGCUGCUCCACCACGUGCUGAAGUCCUUCCGGGUGAAGACGCUGCUCCAGGAGGACCUAAAGAUGGCCUACCGCUUUGUUUUGAUGCCCACCGCCUUCCCCCUCCUCACUUUCCAGCCCGUCAGCUAGCGCCUCUCUCAGCAAGGGCCCCGAGCGGGUCCCCGGCCUCCUCCUGACCUGACCCCAGGCCGCC